CAGCUGUGUCUUUCACCUUUUUUUUUGUUUUUGAGUUCAGAGUUUUGCUAUAAAAGGCCACACAGGCUAACUUUCAGUCAGCUGACCUGGAGACCUUUCAUCAUGAAGCACCUUCUUGUCCUGGUCCACCUCCUUCUUGCCUGCUUGGCCGCUGUCUGGUCGGCCCCUGCUGACACGGAAAAGGUGAGGUGGUGUGUCAAGUCGGACAAAGAGUACCAGAAAUGUAUGGACCUCGCAGCCAAAGCGCCUGUGUUCACCUGUGUGAAGAGGACCAACUCAAUGGAUUGUAUCAUUGCCAUUCAUGGUGGUUUGGCAGAUGCAAUCACUUUGGAUGGAGGAGAUAUUUACACUGCUGGACUGAACUACAAACUGCAUCCCAUUAUUGCUGAGCACUAUGGCUCCCCGUCCGAGAGCUGUUACUAUGCGGUGGCCGUGGCUAAAAAGGGCACCGGAUUUGGCAUUCAAGAGCUGGAGGGGAAGAAAUCCUGCCACACCGGUUUGGGGAAAUCUGCUGGCUGGAACAUUCCAAUUGGAACUCUGGUGUCUAUGGAUAUACUGAAGUGGAAAAGCACGGACGACAAACCAAUUGAGGAGGCGGUGGCAAGCUUCUUCUCUAAAAGCUGUGCCCCCGGAGCGGCCAACGAGACCAAACUGUGUGAUGGCUGCAAGGGAGACUGCUCACGGUCCCACAAUGAGCCCUACUACGAUUACAGCGGCGCGUUCCAGUGCCUGGUGGACAAUGGGGAUGUGGCUUUUGUGAAUCAUCUGACUGUGCCUGAUGGCGACAAGGCCAACUACGAACUGCUGUGCCCUGACAACACCAGGGCACCCAUGGACAAUUACAAAAAAUGCCACCUGGCCAGAGUACCAGCUCAUGCUGUCGUCACCUGCAAGGACCCACAGCUGGCAGAAUUAAUCUGGAGAAGCCUCACCACAGUGCGGGACUUCAACCUGUUCUGCUCGAAGUCGUACGCUCCUGCCAAGAACCUGAUAUUUAAAGAUUCUACUAAGUCACUUGUCAAGCUGCCUGACAACACAAACUCCUUCAUGUAUUUGGGUGCCACAUACACGGGCAUUGUGCGCUCCCUGACAAAAGAGGUCACUACAGCUAACAAAAGCGGUGCCAUCACAUGGUGUGCAGUGGGUGCUGCUGAGACCAGCAAGUGUGACAAAUGGAGCUUUAACUCUAUGGUGGAUGGAGACUGCAAAAUUAUUUGCCAGGAAGGCCCCACAGUUGAAGCCUGCUUGAAAAUGAUCCUGCGCAAAGAAGCAGAUGCGAUGGCAGUUGAUGGAGGAGAGGUGUUCUCAGCUGGGAAGUGUGGUCUGGUUCCAGCCAUGGUGGAGCAGUACAAUGAAGUAAUGUGCAGCAUACCUGAAGAAUCGGCCUCCUACUUUGCUGUUGCUGUGGUCAAGAGGGGCUCAGGGGUGACCUGGGACAACCUGAGGGGGAUGAGAUCCUGCCACACGGGCUUUGGCAGAACGGCUGGUUGGAACAUUCCCAUGGGGGAAAUCUAUAAGCAAACUAAUGACUGUGACUUCACCAAGUUCUUCAGUAGCGGUUGUGCUCCCGGAGCGCCGGCCGACUCCCCAUUCUGUUCUCAGUGCGCCGGCAGCGGCAAAACUGUGGCUGACGAGUUCAAGUGCAAGGCCAGUGCUGAGGAAAAAUACUACGGCUACGCUGGUGCCUUUAGAUGCCUUGUGGAUGGCUCUGGUGACGUUGCCUUCAUUAAACACACAACUGUAAAAGAAAACAGCGAUGGAAAUGGUCCAGCAUGGGCUCACAAUCUCUCCAGCAGCGACUAUGAACUAAUCUGCCCCAGGAAGCCUUCGGUUCCAGUCACACAGUUUAAAGAUUGCUACCUGGCAGCCACCCCAGCACACGCUGUGGUGACACGACCAGAGACCCGCAAUGACCUUGUUCGUAUUCUCCAGGAUGAGCAGGCCAAGUUUGGAAGGGGCAGCACUACCAAUUUCAAAUUGUUUGAGUCACAGUCUGGAAAGAAUCUGCUCUUCGAAGACUCCACAAAGUGUCUCCAAGAAGUUCCUGCUGGGUCCAAUUACGAGAAGUUUUUAGGAAUGGGGUACAUGAACACCAUGAACGUGCUGAGGCAGUGCAGUGACGUCACUUCAGAUCUGGAGAAACUGUGCACUUCCCACAGCUGCCAGUCAAACUAGAUGGUGGUUCAGGUGUCCCUCACUGGCUCAAACUGGAUUGUCCCUAGUUACUCUGUACAACAUAUUUCCUUGUUCCUGGAUUAUGUUUUCCCAACACCUACUUUAUUGUUCAAAUAAAGCCUUUCAAUGACU